GGGGCCGCGGGCGGAGGCUUGGGGCUGCAGCACGUGGGAGGGCGCUGGCGGGGCUGGCCGCUGCGUUCUUGAGGUCUGGUCUCGGCGGCUAGGCCCACUCUCCUCGGCUCCCGGGCCCGUGGACUCCACCGCCCGCCUCCCGCACCCACAGGCCGGAGGACCACGCGCCCGCUGCUGCCGGCCUCCCGGCGCGCCCAUGAUCACCCUGUGCCUUUCGGCUGUGCGAGGCCUCCACAGAGCUGGUGGUUCUAGGAUUCUGCUAAGAAUGACGCUGGGAAGAGAGGUGGCGUCUCCCGUCCAGGCUGCAUCUUCCUACACUGCCGCUGGCAGGAACGUUCUAAGAUGGGACCUUUCUCCAGAGCAGAUCAAGACAAGGACGGAAGAGCUCAUCACACAGACCAAGCGGGUAUAUGAUGCUGUGGGGACCAUCAACCUGAAAGAAGUAACUUACGAGAACUGUCUGCAGGUGCUGGCCGACGUGGAAGUGAAGUACAUAGUGGAAAGGACCAUGCUGGACUUCCCUCAGCACGUGUCAUCUGACAGAGAAGUGCGGGCUGCGAGCACAGAGGCAGACAAAAGGCUUUCUCGUUUUGAUAUCGAGAUGAGCAUGAGAGAAGACAUAUUUCAGAGAAUUGUUCAUUUAUACGAAAACUGUGAUUUGGAGAAGAUAAAACCUGAAGCCAGGCGAUACUUGGAAAAGUCAAUUAAAAUGGGAAAAAGGAAUGGACUCCAUCUUUCAGAACAAAUAAGAAAUGAAAUCAAAUCAAUGAAAAAAAGAAUGAGUGAACUAUGCAUAGACUUCAACAAAAACCUCAACGAGGAUGACACUUUCCUUGUGUUUUCCAAGGCUGAACUUGGUGCUCUUCCUGAUGACUUCAUUGACAGUUUAGAAAAGACAGAUGACGGCAAGUACAAGGUUACCUUAAAGUACCCCCACUAUUUUCCUGUCAUGAAGAAGUGUUGUGUCCCUGAAACAAGAAAGAAGAUGGAAAUGGCUUUUCAUACAAGGUGCAGACAGGAAAACACUGUAAUUCUGCAACAGCUCCUCCCACUGCGAGCACAAGUGGCCAGACUUCUCGGCUAUAACACCCAUGCUGACUUUGUCCUUGAACUAAACACUGCAAAGAGCACGAGCCACGUGGCCGCCUUCUUAGAUGAUUUAAGCCAGAAAUUAAAACCCUUGGGUGAAGCAGAACGGGAGUUCAUUUUGAACUUGAAGAAGAAGGAAUGUGAAGAGCGAGGUUUUGAAUAUGAUGGAAAAAUCAAUGCGUGGGACCUCCAUUACUACAUGAUCCAGACCGAGGAGCUCAAGUACUCGGUGGACCAGGAGUUCCUCAAGGAGUACUUUCCCAUCGAGGUGGUCACCGAAGGCUUGCUGAGCAUCUACCAGGAGUUGCUGGGACUUUCAUUUGAGCAAGUGGCAGAUGCCCAUGUUUGGAAUAAGAGCGUCUCACUUUACACUGUGAAGGAUAAGGCUACUGGAGAAGUGCUGGGACAGUUCUACCUGGACCUCUAUCCAAGGGAAGGGAAAUACAACCAUGCAGCCUGCUUUGGUCUCCAGCCGGGCUGCCUUCUCCCUGAUGGCAGCCGGAUGAUGUCUGUGGCCGCCCUGGUGGUCAACUUCUCCCAGCCCGUAGCAGGCAGGCCCUCUCUCCUGAGACACGAUGAGGUGCGGACUUUUUUCCAUGAGUUUGGUCACGUCAUGCAUCAGGUUUGUGCACAGACUGACUUUGCUCGGUUUAGUGGAACAAAUGUGGAAACUGACUUUGUAGAGGUACCAUCACAAAUGCUUGAAAAUUGGGUGUGGGACGUUGAGUCGCUGCGGAAACUGUCAAGACAUUACAAAGAUGGAAGUGCUAUCACAGACGACCUGCUUGAGAAGCUCGUUGCUUCUAGACUGGUCAACACAGGUCUCCUGACGCUUCGCCAAAUUGUUUUGAGCAAAGUUGAUCAGUCUCUCCAUACCAAUGCGUCGCUGGAUGCUGCAAGUGAAUAUGCUAAAUACUGCACAGAAAUUUUAGGAGUUGCAGCUACGCCAGGCACAAAUAUGCCAGCUACUUUUGGACAUUUGGCUGGAGGCUAUGAUGGCCAAUAUUAUGGAUAUCUUUGGAGUGAAGUCUUUUCCAUGGACAUGUUUCACAGCUGUUUUAAAAAAGAAGGGAUCAUGAAUCCAGAGGUUGGAAUGAAGUACAGAAACCUAAUCCUGAAACCUGGGGGAUCUCUGGACGGCAUGGACAUGCUCCAGAAUUUCUUGCAACGUGAGCCAAACCAAAAAGCAUUCCUAAUGAGUCGGGGCCUGAAUGCUUCCUAGACCGGGGAUCCUGGGAGUCAUCCAUGUCUGGAGGACAAAUCAACACCGCCAUGUGGUGCUGGCCUGGAGACUGAAGGAGUUUUACAAAUGAAAACUUAGAUUUCUAUUGAUUUGCUUUUGUUUUUUAAUUUUAAAAAUUAUACAGAUGUAAAUGGAAUUAUAAAUACUGUGACCUAAGAAAAGACCCACUAAAAAUAAUUGUACUAUAAAAUUUCAUAAAAAUGGAUUUGAUUUCUUUUGAUAAAAGUUUCAUAUGAAUGUAAUUUGAUUUUUUUACUAUUAUAAUCUAGAUAAUAUAAUGUAAGAGGGCUAAGAAUUUUUUAAUUGAAUCACAAACAUGAUAUAAUUUGAUCCUUCUUAUAUCUUGAAGUUUUUAUAUUGAGAUUUCUGGACUGUUGAAUGAAUCAUCACAUUCUCUUUGGUAAAUAUUCUCUCAGAGCCCUUUGUCAACUUUGACCCUGCCUCACAGCUAAACGUCAGCUGCCCUUUGCCUGCACAUCUCAAGGCCAAUGGAAUAUGCCUCAGCAGUGCAUUUAUCUUUUGUACAGUGGGCUUACUGAUUCAGCUUUCUGUCAUUCUUUUGUUUCUCCACCUAGAUUUGGGGUUUUUUCUUCCUAAAGUUUAAUUAGGUAAUAUUGUUUUAAUUUAGUUUUAAUGGCCUAGUAUAUAUUAUAAGGUUUGUGUCUUGCACUAGAAGCCCAAUUCCACUUCCACAUGAAAAAUGUCAAGUCUUGGCGUGCAGUCACAAGUAAAGAAAAUAGAGUAAUUCCAGACUUCUUUUGGAUUCUCAUGUUUCUCUUAUUUUUGCUAUGUAUUUGUUUCUUUUUAUUUUGUUAAUUUCAGGGAACAUCUCACCAUGGAGCCAGAUUAGCCUGGAACGCAUGGUAAUUCUCCUGCCUCAGCCCCCCCAGCCUUAGGAUUGCAGGUGUGAGCUAUCGCAUUCAGCUUGGUUCUCAUGUUUCUAACAAGGGAUUAUUAUGACUUUACCACCUUACUGACCACCUUCCAGGAGCCAGGUAGGCAUGUGUUAAAGUGCUGAGGGAGAAACAGCAGAGUGAAGCUGAGAGCUUUAAACGCUCCGGGAGAGGUGGGUUGACAGGGAGCAUUUGAGAACAGUUGCUCCCUAGUGGUACACGGGCAAUUGAGUUGUGGAGAAACUCUUCGGUAGCCUGCUUCAUAAGGUGAUUUUGAAGUGAACCUCCAGAUCUGUAACUUUUUUUUUACUGGGGCCUGAAUUUCCAAUUCAGCAGCAGACUAGUGAGCUCACACCAUUUAUUUUAGCUCUGGGAGUCUACUCAAAAAGGAAACCAAGGAGGAGACUGAGAAACAAUAUGAAUGAGCCGAGAAUGGACUUUGCAGGGUCUUUGAGCUGUUUUCCUAACACAUAUGUGAGGAGUGACUUUACUGGCUGGGGACAAAAUUAGAACCCCACUGUUCUCUAGACCAAGUGGACUUUGUGUUAAAUAAAACGUUAUGUUGUGUAAUAAAGACACACAGCAGGGAACGCCAAGGACUUGCACCCAGAAGGAAAGCCUGUUUUUUUGCAGUUUGAUUUGUUUUUUGUGGUACAGAACAUCAAACCUCCAGGCUCUUCACCCAGCGUGAGCAAGUGCUCUGUUCUCCCCAGCUGUUUUUAUUGUGGUCUUAGAAAUCUCUGGAAGCUUCUGUAUCCCCCCCCCCCAGUUUCCAACUUUUGUUUUCCACUUUCAGACAAAAGAAAAACGAAAAAAAAGCCUCUCUUCAGCUUUUUCUGUUAUUGCCCAGUGUGUCUCCUUCAGAAUAACUUUAUCAUAAAUCUUAUUUCACUUGGGAAAGCUAAUCGUUGGUGUAUAAAAGACUGCACACAAUAAAGUUAGAUCAUUGUCCACGAAAA